UACUCCAAUUUCUGACUCUCAUUAUCUUCAAACUUCAUCAAGAGUAUAAUCAUUAUCACAUUGGGGCAUGGCUACUUCAAGGACGAGACUACUAGAGUUGCUUUUUAUCUUAAUUUUAUUUUUUGCUAUUAGUGCAAAUGCUAAAAGGGGUAAGCAUUCUAGGAGGCAUAAUAAGUUGAAGGUGGCUAAUGAAGAUGGUUUCUUGAAUUGGAUAAAUAGCAUUAGUUCUCGCAAUCAUUCUGUCUUCCAAGAAGCGAAGAACAAAUUUGAGCCUUGCAAAUAUAUUAAGGUGAAUAAAAACCCAAAGCAUGGAGAUUUUACUACGGUUCAAGAGGCUAUUGACUCAAUUCCAAUUGUCAAUUCUUGUCGAGUGGUUAUUUCUGUUAGUCCUGGGAUUUACAGGGAGAAGAUUGAAAUUCCAGCAACAAUGGCAUACAUUACACUGGAAGGUGCUAGUUCACGCAAAACGACUAUCAAAUGGGAUGACACUGCAGAUAGGGUAGGAAAAGAUGGCCAGCCAAUGGGAACGUAUGGUUCUGCAACGUUUGCUGUUAAUUCCCCCUACUUCAUUGCCAAAAACAUCACCUUUAAGAAUGUAGCACCACCACCACCAUCAGGGGCACUGGGAAAGCAAGCUGUGGCAUUAAGAAUUUCCGCAGACACAGCAGCGUUUAUAAAUUGCAAAUUCAUUGGAGCACAAGAUACACUGUACGAUCACAGGGGCAGGCAUUAUUUCAAGAACUGCUAUAUACAAGGUUCUGUAGAUUUUAUAUUUGGAGAUGGGUUGUCUCUCUACGAGAAUUGUCAUUUAAAUGCCAAAACAAAAAGCUAUGGGGCAUUGACAGCCCAGAAGAGGGAAAGCAUGCUAGAGGAAACUGGAUUCUCUUUUGUGAAUUGCAAGGUUACUGGAUCUGGUGCUCUUUACUUGGGCAGGGCUUGGGGUACUUUCUCAAGGGUCGUAUUUGCUUACACUUACAUGGAUAAGAUCAUCACAUCAAAGGGAUGGUAUGACUGGGGGGAUAAGAACAGGCAUAUGACAGUAUUUUAUGGGCAAUUCAAGUGUUCGGGACCAGGGGCAAACCACGGUGGCAGGGUGAAAUGGUCCAGGGAGCUCACUGAACAAGAAGCUAAACCGUUUGUCUCACUCAGCUUCAUCGAUGGUCAUGAAUGGCUUCUCAAUAUUUGAUGGUUUCUUUAUCACCUAGCUAAGCCAUGGCAGUCAUACUCCUCUAUAAUUCUUCAAUCUAUCUAUAACAUUUAAAUUUUACACCAGAAAAUGAUUGUCCCCAACCACCAUAAUAUGGAUCAACUUUCUCAUCCAGACAUGCAUAGUCGCUAUGUAAAAGCUGCAACUCCAGCCACAACAAAUGAAGAAAACAUUUUUUAAAGAAAGUAGCUUUGCUUGCCGAAGUACAGCCAUGCAAGAAUACGAUAUAUACCCGAAAGCUCAAGGUGAUAGUUGCUUUAAAAAACUGUCGUAACUUUUCUCGAAAGCUCUUCCACUUUUUUCAAAAAUAAUUCAGUUUUUGAUUGAGAAGUCUAAAAAUUUAUCACCGCCUAAGUCGGCCAAGCCAGCUGAAAGAUAACAUUCCACCAAACUACACGUAAUUGAGGAAUGAUGCAACAAGCAUUGUAUUACAGAAGCUGGGAGCUAUGUAUAAAAGUUUAAAAGAGACAUCGAUUAUUUUAAAAAAAAAAAAAAAAAA